UAUAUGUUUGGUGGUUGGACAAAUUACUGCCUUGCCUCUCGGUGCUUGUAGCAUAACAAGGAAAAAAAAAGGAUCUCCAGGGGAAAUAUGUAUCGGAGAGCCCCCGUGUUAUGUUUUCUCCUGACUUCACUCGGAUUGUGUCACGGAGGGAUUUCAGAUGUUCCUGGAAAUUCUCCUCCAGCGGGUCGAGAAGGGAGGCUACUCUUCGCCAGUGUUUUUCCACGGGUGGGCCCAGCACGGCACGGCUCGCUGGCUUUCACUGGGAAGAACCCCAUUGAAGAAACGCAAACUACUGUGUUCAACAACAGUUUGAAUGCCAGAGUCAAACGCUUGGACCCGUCGGUGCAAUGCAGUGACAACACCAUGUCUCUCAAGGUCAAACAGGCCAGAGUGCCACAUUUUCUUGUGGACAAUGGUGAUGGGGUGCUCAUCCCAGUGUCUCAAAUACCCUCCAGAUGUGGCUACUUGGUGCGGAGGUCCCGGAGAGACUUGCUCUUCACCGCCCCGUACCAGGGUUGCUACGUUAGCCGACGGGGUGGUGAGUAUGUACUGCCCCUGCGUCUGUGGGGCUCCACAGCGACGAUGUCUUGCCCCGCUGUGUCAGUGCCACCUUCAGCUUCCUGUUACCCCACAGGAAUGGUCGUCAAGCUUGGCGACGUCCCAGAAACUGAAGUCAAAGUGAAAGUAUCUGACACGUGGAGGUCCCUUUCAUCAGCGUGCGGCAGUUGUAGGUUCGCCAUUGACGUGUCCCCUGAAGGACUAUUUCUCACUGCCCCCUACCACAAAGGCUUGUGCGUCAGGACUAAGGACAACGUGCAUUCUUUGUCCCUUCUCCUGACUGAUGUUGAACUUUCAGUCAAGUGUCCCUCCUUACCAGACAACAAGACGGCAACGGCAACAUUUCGCGAUAGCGCUCAACACCCCCAUUUGUUACUCCCACAGUACCAAGCGUCUCCUGGAUCUUUGCCUCCUACGCGAAGUCCCGGCGUGCCUUCAGACGCAUUGCCAAAAAUGUUUCGACAUCCACAGUUGCAUACUGCGCUGUACCCUGGACAGAAUCCGGAACUCCACCGAUUACCUUCACUUCACUACCCAGCAUAUACUUCAGAGAUUUCGCCUCAAUACUUUUGGUUUCGCAGACCAGUACUACCGACUCAUGCUCCAGAUAACACUAGACCUUAUGCUGCCUUUGUACAUCCACAUUAUGGAUUUCCAUACAUCUCCCAAUUCCCGAUGGCACCUUGGACUUACCAAUCGGCGCCUGCUCCAAUACUGCCUCCCACCACUACUUCUCCCACCGUAACUACAAAGGUCCCCUCCCAACAUGAAGAGAAGCCAAUUAUCUCUCCAAAGCACCAAUUUCAUAAUCAUAAUUUACAAUCUCUCUGGUCCUUCCCACUGAGGCUACCAGAUGGACGAAUUCAAACUAUUCACGGUCUGAAGAACCCCCUCCCGCAGUUCUUAGCGCCACACGUUUACCCCCGUCCUGAUCAGAUCCCGGUUAUGUAUCCCCCUGGUAAAUAUUUUUCUCGACAGCAAAAGCCCCUUUAUUACCCACACCCUUAUCUGCCGGUAUACUUUGCCCCUCCGAUGACGGCGUCGCACGGCUUUUCAAAUCCUCCUGCCAACCAUCCGUCGUAGUACAUUCCGGCUAAGCGGCAGCAGCGUUAGCCAGCCUGACUACCUUUCGUCAUCCAAGGUCACAACUGCAGGGGCUCGUGAUGGCGUCACAGUCCGAUGUGGGGAAAUUCCCCCCCCAUUAUAUUUAACAAUAUUACAAUUUCCUUGACGGGAAAUAAAGGGUGGUUGAUGAUUCCA